AUGAAUAUAUCUAAUAUCAAUGAUCUAUCUCCUCUCAUAAAGUUAAAGGAAGAGUAGCAUUUCACAUUUCGUAGGCUUGAAUGUAAAGAUGUGCCAUAACUUCUACCUCUAAUGAUCAAUUAAUUUCUUAACUACAAUCCUGCAUUUCAGAUUUUAUAAAUCACCGAACAGGACAUUAAAAGUUGUUUUACACAAGAUCUUUUGUAAGAAUUUCAACUAAAUUUAUUAGUGAUUAGAUAAUUCAAGAAAAACUUUCAUUUGGAGCUUUUAAAAAUGAUAUGUUAGUUUCUGUAUGCUUAACUUAUGAUUUAGGAUCUAAUGAUACUUAAGAAGAUAAAUAGGAAAUAUUGCCAACAUAGAAAAUGCAAGAAAUUAUUAAAAUGAAUGAUAUACUAUUGGGCAAGUAUGCUGAUAAGAAGGAUAUCAAGUAGAAAUAAAUUGCAUAUAUGAGUCAUUUGGCCACAAAAUCUGAUUAUUUUAAUCAAUAAUUAGCAUUAUCAUGUUGCUUUUUAUCAAUUUAAGAAUGUAGUAAAUAUGGAUUUUAAUAAAUGAUCACUGUGGCUGAGCAUGUUGGUACCUAUAAAACAUUCUUGAAAAUUUUUAAAAAAAUUGAUAUCUUAAAAGAAAUCAAUGAAUUCAAAGAUUAACCAAUUAAUAUACAAGCUUUAGCUGGUUCAUUUACAUCUUCAUGA